CGCCUCGGCCUCCCAGAGUGCUAGGAUUACAGGCAUGAGCCACCGCGCCCGGCCAAGAGUUUAUUCUUACCACCUGCAUUUCACAUCUUCUCUUCAGCUGCCAACAUCUUGCCGCCAUGAUUGGCACCAGACAGAUUCAUUAGUAGUGGUGACUGUGUAUGGCCAGAUUCCACUUCCUGCGUUCAACUGGGUGAAGGCCAGUCAAACUGAGCUUCAUAUCCACAUUGUCUUUGAUGGUAACCGUGUGUUCCAAGCACAGAUGAAGCUCUGGGGGGUCAUAGACGUGGAGCAGAGCUCUGUCUCCUUGAUGCCAUCUCGGGUUGAAAUCUCUCUGGUCAAGGCUGACCCAGGAUCCUGGGCCCAGCUGGAGCACCCCGAUGCGCUAGCUGAGAAGGCUAGGGCAGGGGUUGUGUUAGAAAUGGAUGAGGAAGAAUCUGAGGAUUCAGAUGAUCUGAGCUGGACAGAGGAGGAGGAAGAGGAGGAAGCAAUGGGGGAAUAGUGACACCAGACAGUUGAGUGUCUAGGUAGAACUUCAAUGACUCCCUUAGAACCCCAGAGACCAGGAUAUGGUUGGCCAUGUGGUGUCAUUGAGUGGCAGAAGGCUGAAAGAGGGGAGAACAAGACUGUCCAAACCAUGCUGUUUUUUUCCCUUAAAUAAAUCUUGUAUUCUGCAGUUUCA